UUGCCAGAUCAGACGAAGGCUGGACCGAGGCUGAUGGUGGGAGGCCCGGCACGGAUCAACCCUCGGAUCGCAAGUAGCGGAGCUGGACGAGGGGGGUCUGUGGGGAAUACGAUAAAGAGAAUAAGAAGACGGAGCAUUAAACUACGUAAAAGAGCAAUCACAGGCUGCUGUGAUGUCGGGACAAGGACUGGCUGGCUGGCAACAAGGCACAGGCCGAGGAAGCCAGACUUUUGGGAGCGGCUAGCGAUCAGCUUCUGCGCUCAGGUCGAGGCGGGGCUGCUCCUCUCAUCCUCCUCCUCCAACGACCCCACCUUUUAAACCUCUACUCCUCCUCUUCCACUCUUCUCUUCCUCUUCCUGCUCCCUUGCUCAGCCAGCUCCUAAUCUUCCUCACUCCUCCCCUUCUCCCCGUCUCCCACAAUGUCCCUCUCAGAGUUCGUCCCCAGCCAGUCCACACCCGUCGUCUCCUACUUCCCUGCAGACCACCCCAUUCCCACCCGACAGGACAUCGUAACUUUCCGCACCCCCAAGGGUAAGCCCCAAGGAAUUGCUCUCCCCGGCACCAAGAAACCCGGCUACUCCGCAAUCUACCGCAACGCGCACCAUCCGGACGCUCUCAUCGAGACCCUGCACCCGGCAUUUCGCACCCUCUACGACUGCUUCGAAAACGCCGUCCGCCUCUACGCCGACAGAGACUUCCUCGGCCGUCGCGAGUACGUCCCAAAGUACGGCACCUGGUCGCCGUUUAUCUGGGAGUCCUACGGCCGCGUUGCCGAGCGCCGCACUGACUUGGGCUCUGGCCUGCUCCGAGUCGCCAAAGACGUCGGCGUCCAGCAGCGCGACAAGUUCGGCGUCGCCAUCUUCUCUCCAAACAGACCCGAGUGGGCAAUCACUGAUCUCGCUUUGCAUGCGUAUAACCUCUAUGGUGUCACGCUCUACGACUCGCUCGGUCCCGAGGCGUCCGAGUUUAUCCUCAACCUGACCGAGUGCCCGAUCCUCGUCGCCUCCCUCAACAACAUCCCCGAGAUCCUCACUUUGAAGCCUAAGCUCCCCCACCUGAAAGCCAUUGUGUCGAUGGACGAGCUCGAGGCGCCCCACGACACUCCCGGCAACACCCGCCGCGCGCUCCUCAAGACCUGGACGCAAUCGCAGGGCGUGCAGCUCUACUCCUUCACCGAGGUCGAGCGUCUCGGCCGCGAGGCCCUUGUUCCCCACAAUCCACCCACCGCAGAAGACAUCCUGACCAUCAACUUCACCUCCGGCACUACCGGAAUGCCAAAGGGUGUGGUCUUAACCCACAAGAACGCGAUCGCGGCAUUGUCAGGAUCGUGCUUGCAUGUCGCUAUUUCAGGCAAGGAUAACGAUGCUUUGCUUAGCUAUCUGCCCCUUGCGCAUAUCUACGAGCGAUUGGCCUUCUGCCAGGCCUUCUCCUUCGGCGUCAACUACGGCUUCUUGCACGGAUCUGUGCUCGAGGUGCUCGACGACAUCAAGAUGGUGCAUCCUACCAUGUUCCCCUCGGUCCCGCGUCUGCUCAACCGCAUUGAAGAAGCCGUCCGCGCAAAGACCGUCAACGCACCCGGCGUCGCCGGUGCGAUCUCCCGUCGCGCGCUGGCCGCCAAGCUUGAGGACAUGAAGAACGGUGGCACCGGCAAUCUCAGGCUCUGGGACGCAUUGUGGUCGCGUAAGAUCCGCAAGAAUGCAGGACUUGACCGGCUUUACACCGUAGUCUCCGGAUCGGCUCCGAUCGCGGACGACACGCUCCAGUUCUUGCGCGCGGCGCUCGCGUGCAACGUCGUGCAGGGCUACGGACUGACUGAAAGCUUUGCGUUUGGACUUGUCUCUGAGCCCGGUGACUCGACGACCGGACAUUGUGGUCCUCCUGCGGUUGCCGUCGAGAUGAAGCUCAAGGAUGUGCCCGAGAUGAACUACACUGCUGAUGAUCUACCGAACCCGCGCGGCGAGCUGCUGAUCCGUGGACCGGUGAUCUUCUCAGGAUACUACAAAGAUCCUGUCAAGACUGCCGAAGCGCUCGACGAAGAAGGCUGGCUACAUACCGGUGACGUUGCUGAGUUUGACUCGCUCGGUCGCGUGCGCAUCAUCGACCGCGUCAAGAACUUCUUCAAGCUCGCGCAGGGCGAGUACGUUGCGCCCGAGCGCAUCGAGAACCAGUACCUGGCGGCGUGCGACCUGGUGUCGACCGUGUUUGUGCACGGCGACUCUGUGCAGACGUUCUUGAUUGGUGUGCUCGGCAUCAACCCGGAGACGUUUGCGCCGUUUGCGUCCGGAAUCCUCAAGCGGCAGAUCGACCCCAUGGACUUGCAUCAGCUCGCAGCCGCGUGCGAGGAGCGCGAGGUGCGCGUUGCGGUUCUCAAAGAAUUUGAGCUGAUUGCAGCAAAGGCGAAACUACAGGGUUUCGAGAAGGUCAAGAACCUGAUUUUGCGGAUCGAGCCGUUCACGAUUGAAAACGAUCUUCUGACGCCGACGAUGAAGGUCAAGCGGCCACAGGCGGUCGCGUAUUUCCGAUCUGAGAUCGACAAGUUGUACGCUGAGGGCGAGUUGCUCAAGUCUGCACCUAAGGCAUUGAAGGCCAAGCUGUAAUCUUUUUUCUCUAUACUUUUGUCGUAUACGAUAAAUCUAAACGGAAAAGAGAGAUGCCUGAUUUUACUGUACAUUGAUUGAGCUGGCAUGAUCAAAUGAUAGAACAUUCUGUUGUGUUUCGUGCGCGCGUACUUGUUAUGAAUUGUUUCUUAGUUAAGCUGCUGAUGAAGUGCACCAAAAUAUCUGUUUUUUAUCUGAGGAGAAUCAUGUGAAAGUAGUGAAACAUUUGUAGAAGCCAAACCUGUCCGAUGACGUCACCCCGCCUGUGU